CCCAAAAAGCCCCGCCCACUAAACGUUUGAUUCUUCAGCGGCUUCCGUCUCAAAAACAAAAACAUGCCGAAAACACAAAGAAAGUUAAAACCGCUGAAAGUGAGGCGUGCUGAAGAGGCUAAAAAAUUCGGUGUUGCAGCGUUUACUCUGAAAGAGCUGAUCAAGAAAGCAUGCAGUUUACUUCAGAUGCCUGCCUCGGAGGUACAGUGUUGUUUGUAUGAGGACGGGACGGUAGUGACGGAAGAUUAUUUUCUACAGCUUCCUGAUAACACUGAGUUAGUUCUACUUCCGGACGGACAGAGCUGGAACGGAAUGGUAUACGACCUCAACCAAAUCCUUGGACUGGCCAGACACUCAGAAGAGCUGAUCAGUGCAGCUCAACAGUUAUUGAUCGAUGAGCAUUCAGCGAGAAGGAGAAAAAUCCUCAGUGAACUCCUGUGCAAUCUGAAUGAUAACGCAGAGCUGGAGAACAGGGAAGAAGAUGAGGACUGGUUUGAAGGGAUUGACCCAAGAUUUAAGACCAAGUCAUCAUACAUGAAGCAUAACUGUGAGCAAAGGAUACGGUCAUACGUGAAAGAGGUGUACAGCCAUGCUCACACUAUUAAGAAUGCUAAGCAGAAGGGGGAAUAUCAGAAGGUGGCAGCCAGCAUGACAGAAAAGCUGAAAUCUGUGCGCUAUCAUGGCAAUUACUUUGACAGGACAGAGAAGGAUCUCCAUCGACUGUGCACUAAAGAAGGCUGGUUCUCCUGCCAGGGCGCCUUUAAUUUGGAAAAGUGUGAAUCUCUGCACUCGAUAAACCCGUAUGGAAACCGUGAGAGUAGAAUCCUUUUCAGCACCUGGAAUCUGGACCACAAGAUCGAGAAGAAGAGAACCAUCAUCCCGACUCUUGUCGAUGCACUUCAAGAUAAAAAGAGCUGUGAUAUAAACCUGGACUAUUUUUACAAGCUGCUAUUUACAAGAGAAAAUCUUAAGCUGGUACACAUCGUCUGUCACAAGAAAGGAGCUCAUGACUUAACAUGUGAUUCACGCCAAGUGUACAGACGGGUUAAAAGGAAGUGAAGAGGUUAGAAAUGGCAUCAUGACUAGAAUUGGCAUUUUUUUUUAUUAGUUGUUAUUUUUUUAAAACUAUGUACACUUUUUAGAUUCAAUUUUAAAAUGUGAAAUUAAGGAAUUUUGUGAUUUUUAUAAUUGACAGCUUUGUUGGACAAAUUUCCUUAGCAUACUCAGGUAUUUUGUGAAAUGUUUAGCAGUUUAAAAUUAUUUUGCCUUAUGUGUGAAAGAUUUAUUUUUUGUUUACUUAUUUACUUCUAUGAAAUUCAUGUUUUCUACGUCAGUUGGUAACAGAAUUUUUUUUAUUUAGUUUUUUUUUAUUAAACCAAGUCGUUGGUUUCUUUUUUAAAUGCCAGUUUACAACACCAAAGAAUUGAGCCUAAGGUUCCUUUAAAAAUUGUUUAAAAAGAAUUUAAACAUAUAUUUGUGCUUAAACAUUGUGGAUAGUGUCUAUUUCCUGAAGCACUAUAAGAUUUAGACAGAAUGACAUCAUCAAUACAAAGGACACACAGGCCCCUUUCAUAAGCCACAACAAUUCCAUUUAAUUUCAUGCUGUUGUCAAAUCAAUGAACAUGUACUGUGUCUGGACGGAGUAUUUUACUUUGUGUGAAAUGGUUUAAUACAGACUGUUCUUAAUAUUAAAUAUUAACAUUGUGUAAACAGCA